CAGGAGAGUGUCUGAGGAGUUGGAGAGCAUAAGUAUAAUUAACAUGCACAGUGAGGAAGAGGGGGCGGGACUACUUCAGCCUCUCGGCCAAUCACGAUAUGACAGCAUGCAGGAACAGUACACCAAUCACCAGGAGGAGGAGGAGGAAUGGCAAGACGACCUAGCCCGGUGGAAGAGUCGUCGCCGCAGUGCUUCUCAGGCUCUGAUCAGGAAGGAGGAGGAGAGGAAGCGGAUGGAGAGGAUGAUGAAGGAGGAGGAGGGAGGCCACACCCAGAAGAAGAAGAACAUCAAGACGUACAGAGAGAUCGUAGAGGACAAAGAGCGUAGGGAGGCGGAGCUGUGUGAUGCGUACAGGAGGGCGGGCUCUAAAGAGGAAGCUGCCAUGGUUCUCCAGCAUUACGCUCUCCGCUUCACCAUCAGUGAUUCAACGCUGGACAGUCUGCAGCUACCUAGAACCAUUACUACUGACCAGAACCCUGAGUCUAGAACCAUUACUACUGACCAGAACCCUGAGUCUAGAACACCUACUACCAACCAGAACCCUGAGUCUAGAACCAUUACUACCAACCAGAACCCUGAGUCUAGAACCAUUACUACUGACCAGAACCCUGAGUCUAGAACCAUUACUACCAACCAAAACCCUGAGUCUAGAACACCUGCUACCAACCAGAACCCUGAGUCUAGAACCAUUACUACUGACCAGAACCCUGAGUGUAAAAUCAUCACUACUGACCAGAACCCUGAGUCUAGAACCAUUACUACUGACAAGAACCCUGAGUCUAAAACCAUCACUACUGACCAGAACCCUGAGUCUAGAACCAUUACUACUGACCAGAACCCUAUCCCUAGAACCAGUAUUAAUAACCAGAACUCUGAGUCUAGAACCAUUACUACUGACCAGAACCCUGAGUGUAAAACCAUUACUGCUGACCGGAACUCUGAGUCUAGAACCAUUACUACUGACCAGAACCCUAACCCUAGAACAAUUAUUACUAACCAGAACCCUGAGUCUAGAAGCAUAAUUACUGACCACAACCCUGAGUCUAGAACCAUAAUUACUAACCAGAACUCUGAGUCUAGAACCAUUAGUACUGACCAGAACUCUGAGUCUAGAACCAUUAGUACUGACCAGAACCCUGAGUCUGACCCUGACAACCGAGAACGAGCUGGAAACGGACUAGAGGCCCUGCAGACUGACACAAAGCAAGAGCCCCGAGCCCCCCCAAAAAAACAUAUCUCUGUCACACACACCCAACACACACACACCCAACACACACACACCCAACACACACAGCUCCAAACCCAAAACCACUCCACACAAAGUCAGCACACACUCCCCCCUCCCAUCUCCCCCCCCUCGCGGCCCCUCCCUCUCCUAGCAGCCAAGCCCUACUGCCAGCCACCACAGACACAGCCUGGACACAAGCCUGCUAAGGUAGAUGGCUUGGUGAGGGUGAAUGGAGAGACUCUCCCAUCCUCCCCGCCCUCCUCAACCAUUCACUCCCCCCAGCCAACCGAACACCCUGUUGCCAAUCAGAAGACACAGGUGUCGGCCGUCAGCGCCCUGAUUGGCGGGAGGAACUGUGUUGUCACGACGACCAUCGUGACGGAACUCACCCAGACACACCUGCAGCCUCGUCCGUUAGAUAUGCUCAGCAACACACAGGUGAACUGCUCCAUGGCAUUGUCAAGGAGAUCAGGGGAGGAGGCGGGGUCUGACUCUUCAUUGCUUAGCAACCAGAACACCUACUCAUCCUCGGUGACAGGAGGACUGGAGGGGAGCAGUGGGACGAUGGAGAGCCCCAUGUUGAACCUGGCUAAGCGUGUAGAUCACUGGGUGUGGAACCCUGAGGAUGAGAGGAGACGACAGGAGAAGUGGCAGCAGGAGCAGGAGAGAUUCCUACAGGAGCAGUACCUCAGGGAGCAGGAGAAACUGAAAGGGGAGUGGGAGAGAGCGCAGAGAGAGGUGGACGAGGAAGAACGAAGACACAAGGAAGAGGAGAAGAAGAUCCUGGAGGAGACGUUUUACAACGGCCCUUUCUCAUCCAACUCCCACAGAGCUCGUUGUUCAGACAGAAGUGAUCGUUCCAUGGCACAACAGAUCU